AUGGAUAAACCCCAAGCUCUCCUGAGUGUCUCUCCUCAGUGGCUGAACCCUGGAGACUCAGUUACUCUGAGCUGUGGGGUUAAAGAGUCAUCUACAGGCUGGAGGUUCUUCUGGUACCGAACUGUUCCCUACACAGCUGGGUUACUCUCCCUAUCAGACAGGUCCUACUCUGUAGAGCCUCUAUCUGGAGAUGGGACUACUGAAGACUCCUACACUCUGAUCCCUGCUGGUCCAAGUCACACAGGAGGAUAUGUGUGUAGAGCUGGGAGAGGAGACCCAGUCUAUGACACACUCUACAGUGAACCUCAGUUUUUCUGGUCAGGAGAUCCGCAACCAUCAGUGUCUCUCAAAAUAAGACCUAACAGAACUCAACACUUUACAUCAAAGUCUCUCUCACUAAGCUGUGAGGAGAAGAGGAACUCUACUGGAUGGAGACUGAAGAGAUACAGAGAGAAAGCAGUGGAGUCAGGGUGUGUCUCUAACUGGGGAUCAAGAGCAGGGUCCACAUGUACCAUCAGGUCCACAUACACAGGGGACAGUGGAGUGUACUGGUGUGAGUCUGGAUCAGGAGAGUACAGUAAUGCUGUCAACAUCACAGUGUUUGUUGGCCCUCUGAUCUUGGAGAGCCCUGCCUAUCCCAUGACUGAGGGAGACUCUGUGACUCUACGCUGUACAAAUAGAUAUCAGGAAACAAACCCAAUAACGAAGGUUGAUUUCUACAAAGAUGGAAUAUUCAUCAGGAAUGAGACCACAGGAGAGAUGACCAUCCCUGCAGUAUCCAAGUCAGAUGAAGGCUCCUACAAGUGUAAAUCUAAUGAAGGAGAAUCACCAGAGAGCUGGGUGACAGUGAGAGGCGUAACUCCUGGACCAUCUACAUUAGUCCUAGUAGGAGUGGUUGUGGGCCUGGUUGUUGCUGGUGUUCUACUGGCCAUUCUCCUGGUACUGCUGUGUCGAUAUAAAAACGCCAAAGGUUCCUGUUGCAACAGGAUAUUCUCGCCCCCCCAGCCCCAGAGCACCAACCUGGACCCCCAACAGGACCAAGGAUCUACCCAGGGCCAGGCUCCUGAUGCUGGGUAUACACGUCGGCAGCAUGGUGGCGCUAACAUCUACGAUACAAUCACUCUCUCAGACAAUAAUGACAAUGAUGCUGGUGCUGCUACUGCUGGACCAAGUGAUGUGAUGUACGCCCAGAUUCAACUCAAAAAGUUGGACAAGAAAAAGAAAAGUAAUUCUCAACCGUCCCAUACAUUAAUACAAAAUGCAGCAGUGUUUUUUACUCAUAAAAAAAGUCCUCCUCCUCAGAAAUGCCAGCUGAUCCAAAAGAAAAUCCAGUCUAUUCUGAGGUCAAGACGGGGAAGACCACAGAAACUGCAAAUCCACCUGAGGCAGAUUUGGUCUAUUCUCAAGUGAAGCCAGGCACAUCCCCAGGUCCUUGAGGGAUGGAUGGAUGGAGGGAUAGCGGGA